AAAGGGAAACAAAUUCAAAGUAGCAAAGCAAAAGGUCAAAAUUCAAAAACCGGUGCUCCGGCCAUGGAAUGGGAGGCGGAUGAUCGGAAAGCGGUGGUGGUAGGGUUGAUAGAGAAGGCUACCAAUUCAAUUAAACCAGACUUGGAUCCGAGAAUCCUCAAAUCAAUCAAAUCGGUUGUCCGCCACUCUGAUUCAGAGCUGCGGCUCGCGGCCGAAAACCUAAUGAGCCUCAUGAAACGAGACCACUCUCAGGUACGGUACCUUACACUAGCUAUAAUCCAUGAACUGUUCAUGCGGUCAAAGCUUUUCCGAGCCCUUAUUGUUGAGAAUUUGGACCAAUUGUUGACUUUAAGUGUUGGGUUCCGAAGAAACCAGCCUCUUCCUGCUCCUCCAGCCAUUGCAUCCAAGUUGCGUUCAAAAGCAAUAGAAUUCUUAGAGAGAUGGAACUCUACAUUUGGAAUCCACUACAGGCAGCUUAGAUUAGGGCAUGAUUACCUGAAAAAUACCCUUAGAUUUCAGUUUCCUAAUCUUCAAGCAAAUGCAGCAAGAGUUCAGCAGGAGAGAAGAGAAAGAGAGUUGCGGACGAAAGAGAUUCUGUUAAAGAAAUAUGAACUUUUGAAGUCAAAUUUUUCUUCAAUCAAGGAUGAAGUAAAUUCAAUAGUUGAUGAAAUUAGUGAAUGCUUAGAUAUCCUUAUAACUUCUAAAGAAGAUAACCUGCCACUGGAUCCUAUUGAUGAAGAAGAUGUUGAUGAAUUUCGUGGCGUUGAAUUGCGUCGGAUUCGUGACAAUUCAUUGAAAGAAGCAGACAAGGUACAAGAAAAUAGCGAAAAUAAAGUGGUUUUCGAUGCAUUAAGAGAACUUUACAAGCUUUUAGUGACCAAACAUAUAGUUGCCGUGCAAGAAUCGGUUUCUGUUCUUGUAAGGGUUGAAUUGUCUGAUAAUAGGCUUAGAGACUCCAUGUUAAAGGAAUUCAUUGACAUUCGAAAUCAUCUCAAAUCGAUAAAAAAGAAGUGCGAAGAAGCAGGGUGUGCUCUUACGAACCCUGCAGACGAAGGGGAAGAAGAUAUUUGGGAAGAGGGCGCAAGUGAAUCGUUUGAUAUUUCAACAUCUUCGACGCCAAAUAAGCAGAGCGAAGAUCAUGCAAAUAAGAGAAACGAUUCUCCUGAAUGCAGUAAUAGUAAAACGAUAAAUGUUAUUGGGAAGGUGGAAGAUCCUGAAGUUUGUGGAACCGAUUUGAAUCCCUUAAAGAGUAAGCUUAUGGUUGAAGCUCCGGUUAUGAAAUGGGGUUCGUUUUUAGACAACUGGGGUUCAAAUCGUGAUUUUAUGGCUAACCAAAGAGGGUUAGAGCUUGAUGGUCACUGGGGUAGGGUAGACCAUGAUGCAACCAUUCCGGCUAAUAAAAUUGCUGAACUAAAUGUUCAAGCGGUCGUAUAUGAGGAAGAGCAUAAAGAAAUUCAGCAAUGUGGUGCACCCUUGAAAAAGGGAGGGUUUUGUCAGAGAAAAGAUUUGAAAGUUUGCCCUUUUCACGGCCCCAUUGUUGCUCGAGAUGAUGAAGGAACUCCAAAUGAUGCGGUUUCCAUGGAUGAUGAAAAACCCGAUCUGAAGCUUUUCUCGAUGGACGAAUUACUGAAACAGGCAGUAAAUAAUGUCCGAGAGAUGGAUAAAGAGGCCAUGAAAAAAAGAGAAUACGAUAAAAAGGAAUUAAAACGAGCCAAACUUGCAAAAGUCCGUGGGCACAAUGAAGCUGUGUUACGAGAUGCAGCACUUGCUUCAACUUCAGGGUCUUCUUCCAUUGGAGAUUUGGAGGGCAGAGAAAAAGAUAGUCUUGCAAAGAUGCUGAAAAAGAGAACAACUGCAAAAGAUAGAUUAGCUCGAAGGCUACUAAGUCGGAAAGCUACUGCAAAAGAGCUGAAUCUUGGAGAGGAUCAUUCAAAAUACAGAGAAGCCUUCCCUAAUCAAUGGUAGAGUUUCAAUAAACCUUUUCUUGUUCAACUGUUCAUCUUUAUUCAUAAAGAUCGAUUGAGAUAUGUUCCAUAUAAAUAAAAUAGGUAUACAUAAUAAGAUCUGUUUUGACUCUAUAUAAUAAAACAUGUUAUUAGUGUAUUUCUUGUGCCAUAACUCA